GUUUGUGGUGAGUACGGCGGGGUUCGGGUGCAGCGGGGCCGCCGUUCUCCUCGUUCCCGCGGCGCUUGGGCUCGGCGGCUCGCAGGGGCCAUCCCAGAGGCGCUCCUUCAUUCCGGCCCUCACGUUUAGGAGCUCAAGCCUGGGACAAUGGUGUGCAUUCCUUGUAUCGUCAUUCCAGUUCUGCUCUGGAUCUUCAAAAAAUUCCUGGAACCAUACUUGUACCCUCUGGUCUCCCCUUUUGUUGGCCGUAUAUGGCCUAAAAAAGCUGUGCAAGAAGCCAGCGAUAAAAAUAAAGGCUCAGUAGGCUGCAAGGCUGCAGACUCAAAUGGAUUACCAACAAAAGGACCAACAGAAAUCUCUGACAAAAAGAAAGACUAAUGUGAUUUUCCCCAAAGGAUCUCAGUUUGGAAAAUGGACCUGAUGAUACAAAGCACCUUCUUUGUAGUUAUCUCUGACCUUUUUCUCUGAGACCAGAAUUCAAUAGACAGUUUAGAUAUUUACCUGGUACUAAUCAGGAAAUAUAUGGUAUUUAUAUUUAAAAUGAACUUAGUUGUAUUUAAUUACUUCAUUCUUGAGUUUCUUUUCCAUUAAAAUAGUUCUCAUUCUGUUUUAAUACUAUGAAUAAGUAGAUUUGUGCCAGUAGACCCUCUACUGAAAAGCCUCGGGCCUUUAGCACUUGCUGAAAUGAAUUUGCUAUUUGCUGUAACUCAAAGGGUUCUAAUUUGAAUAAUAUUACUGUGAAAUAGUACAAUGAUUUGAGAAGAUGCAGUGCAGCAGUUCAUUAGAGUAGUAACUGCUGUUUGCUGCUCUAAGGAAGGUGGAAAUUGAAAAUUUCUUGAUAAAUGAAACAUCUUUUACAUAUACAUCUACUAUAUAAACUAUAAUCCUGUUGCAUUCCUUCUGUUCAUACAAAUGCAUUAAACAGCCAAUUUAA